AUGGUGAGGCAGGCUUCACUUGAAGAUUUUUAUAAAGGUUUCCAAUUGACUAGUGAUGUUGAAUACAACCUUUUACAAUUUGCGGAUGAUACAAUUCUGUUUGGAGAAGGAACUUGGGAGAAUUUGUGUUCCUUGAAGGUUUUAUUUAGGGGAUUUGAAUUGGUGUCGGGUCUUAGAAUUAACCUCGCUAAGACUAAAUUGUAUGCAGUAGGCUGUGAUAAAAUUUUUCAGGAUGGUAAGGGAGCUUUGUGGAGUGGAGUGAUGAAGGCUCAAUAUGGAGACUUGAAUUCUAGGGUUUGGAAUUAUGAUGGUGAAGCUUUUGAUCCUAAAGACUCGUUAUGGUGGAGGGAUCUAUUGGAUAUGUGUGGUAAUUCGAGGGGGUCAAUGCAUAGUGUUGCCGUCAAAAUUGGUUCGGGUAACUUUGCUCGUUUUUGGAAUUCGCAUUGGCUUGGGAGAGACUAUUUAUCUAAUCUUUUUCCAAGGCUGUUACUGGAAGCUGGUUAUAAAAAUGAUACUGUGCAAGAUUUGGGGUAUUGGUUGGGUGAGAAUUGGUUCUUGAAAGUUAUUAAAGCGCAAGAGGUCCUCGGGCAGCAGGCGACCGGAGAGCUGGCAGAAUUGCAUACUCUGCUUGCGGAUGUUGCAGUGUGUUCAAACAGUGAAGACGUUUUUGUUUGGCCUUUUGACGUAUCAAAAAGUUAUACGGUUCGCUCAAGUUAUAAUUUAUCACAACGUGAUCAAGAAGGUGGAAGGCUGGACAUGGGCAUUAAUCAGGGGCUGCAGCUUAUUUGGGCGUCACAGGUACCUUCGAAGUUAAAAAUCUUCUGCAGGCGAGUUAUUCUGGACAGGAUUCCGACGAGGAAUCAGCUGCUUCGGCGCGGAAUUAUUGCGUAUAAUAAAGAGGCUUUGUGCGCUUUCUAUGAGCUGCACUGUGAAGACCCAUCUCAUAUCUUUAUUUUCAGUCCUAUGAUCCAAAACCUGUGGGAUAGAAUUAAGCAAUGGCUGGAUAUAGACUCACACUGGGCAGUGGACUGUUGUAGCCAAAUUCUUGUGGGGGUUACCACAUUGUCGGGGAAGAUUCAAUGUAAAAGGGCUGCAGUUAUUUGGGUAACUAUAUGGUGGUGUAUUUGGAAGGUUAGAUAUAAUAUCAUUUUCAAUAAUGCGGUUUUUGAUGGUGAUGAACUAUUCUACUCGAUCCUUUGGCACUCUUGGUGGUGGCUUGCUAUAGAAGCUAAAGAUAGAAUUAGAAGUUUCCAGUUUUCUCUUGUAAGGGUUGAGUACCCCUAG